GGUCUAGGGCACUGCAUCGCAGUGCUAACUGCGCCACCAGAGUCUCUGGGUUCGCCCCCAGGCUCUGUCGCAGCCGGCCGCGACCGGGAGGUCCGUGGGGCGACGCACAAUUGGGCCAGCUUCGUCCGGGUUAGGGAGGGUUUGGCCGGUAGGGAUUUCCUUGUCUCAUCGCGCUCCAGCGACUCCUGUGGCGGGCUGGGCGCAGUGCGCGCUAACCAAGGGGGGCCAGGUGCACGGUGUUUCCUCCGACACAUUGGUGCGGCUGGCUUCCGGGUUGGAGGCGCGCUGUGUUAAAGAAGCAGUGCGGCUUGGUUGGGUUGUGCUUCGGAGGACGCAUAGAUUUCGACCUUCGUCUCUCCCGAGCCCGUACGGGAGUUGUAGCGAUGAGACAAGAUAGUAAUUACUAGCGAUUGGAUACCACGAAAAUUGGGGAGAAAAGGGGAUAAAAAAAAAAAAAAAAAAAAAAAGGGUGGAAAUUAUAGGCAAUUAGCAAGACACCCCCAAUAAAGGAGUGGUUCUGCAGGUGGUGACCACUUCUCAGUUCCUCUGCUUCCUGGCUGAUGUUUUGGUCACUUUUGAAUGCUGGCGGUGCUUUCACUCUAGUGGUAGCAUGAGACGGAGUCUACAACCCACACAAGUGGCUCAAGUAGUGCAGCUCAUCCAGGAUGGCACAUCAAUGCGAGCUGUGGCAAGAAGGUUUGCUGUGUCUGUCAGCGUAGUGUCCAGAGCAUGGAGGCGCUACCAGGAGACAGGCCAGUACAUCAGGAGACGUGGAGGAGGCCGUAGGAGGGCAACAACCCAGCAGCAGGACCGCUACCUCCGCCUUUGUGCAAGGAGGAUUAGGAGGAGCACUGCCAGAGCCCUGCAGAAUUACCUCCAGCAGGCCACCAAUGUGCAUGUGUCUGCUCAAACGGUCAGAAACAGACUCCAUGAGGGUGGUAAUGAGGGCCCGACGUCCACAUGUGGGGGUUGUGCUUACAGCCCAACACCGUGCAGGACGUUUGGCAUUUGCCAGAGAACAACAAGAUUGGCAAAUUCGCCACUGGCGCCCUGUGCUCUUCACAGAUGAAAGCAGGUUCACACGCACAUGUGACAGACGUGACAGAGUCUGGAGACGCCGUGGAGAACGUUCUGCUGUUUGCAACAUCCUCCAGCAUGACCGGUUUGGCGGUGGGUCAGUCAUGGUGUGGGGUGGCAUUUCUUUGGGGGGCCGCACAGCCCUCCAUGUGCUCGCCAGAGGUAGCCUGACUGCCAUUAGGUACCGAGAUGAGAUCCUCAGACCCCUUGUGAGACCAUAUGCUGGUGCGGUUGGCCCUGGGUUCUUUCUAAUGCACGACAAUGCUAGACCUCAUGUGGCUGGAGUGUGUCAGCAGUUCCUGCAAGAGGAAGGCAUUGAUGCUAUGGACUGGCCCGCCCGUUCCCCAGACCUGAAUCCAAUUGAGCACAUCUGGGACAACAUGUCUCGCUCCAUCCACCAACGCCACGUUGCACCACAGACUGUCCAGGAGUUGGCUGAUGCUUUAGUCCAGGUCUGGGAGGAGAUCCCUCAGGAGACCAUCCGCCACCUCAUCAGGAGCAUGCCCAGGCGUUGUAGGGAGGUCAUACAGGCACGUGGAGGCCACACACACUACUGAGCCUCAUUUUGACUUGUUUUAAGGACAUUACAUCAAAGUUGGAUUAGCCUGUAGUGGGGUUUUCCACUUUAAUUUUGAGUGUGACUCCAAAUCCAGACCUCCAUGGGUUGAUAAAUUUGAUUUCCAUUGAUCAUUUUUGUGUGAUUUUGUUGUCAGCACAUUCAACUAUGUAAAGAAAAAAGUAUUUAAUAACAAUGUUUCAUUCAUUCAGAUCUAGGAUGUGUUAUUUUAGUGUUGAGCAGUGUAUAUUUACCCCAAAAAGAUAUGGGGGAUUGGAAAUGAUGCAGACAAUUACAUUGAUGAAAGCAACAUUCUUUGCGCAAUAUUAAGCUGAUCCACCCCUAAAAAAAAUACUAAAUAAAAAUCCUUUAACAGUGAAUGAGUGAUGACCUUGAAAACACUCAAGACUGAUAGCUAUGUUCAACAAGUAUAUUAUUCUUUCUGCUUUAUCUAGCCCUAUUUGGGAUAUUUUACCUUGCCUUGCUAGCCUGAUAGGUAAUCCAUCUCAGAUGACAUCUGUUAUGUUUUAAAGAUGCAGUCCGGGAUCGUAAGAAUUUACAAAUUGUUAACAUAUUGUCUGAAUAAUUGGAAUUCAUAACAUAUCAUACCAUUUUUGUUUGCAAUUGGUUACAUAUCAUAAGAAAUUGAUAUUUUUUUUAAUGUAACCUUUAUUUAACUAAUGUAGUACACAAUUGAGCACAAUUUUCGUGACUGUUUAUGGUGGUGAGCACUACUUUAAAAACUACUGGUUGAAAUUAUAAAAAACCUUUGGAGCAUCACUUUAAUUUGCACAAACUGUUGCAUGCGAUCCUAAUCACUUCAUCAUCAGACUUUUCUGAUGAUGAACUGCGUGCGAAACUUUUAAUGACGUGUAAAUGGAUGAUGGUAAUGACCCCGUUGUACUCAUUGCUUGAGCCCACGUGGAUUGCAUAGACUAGUCAGAGAUUAUGGAGGAAUUUCUCUGAGCUAGCCUACUGGAAUAUUUUAACCGUGCCCACUCAAAACAGCGUUUCGCUCACUGAUGGAGCGGGAAAAAUAACUAACCAAUAGGAAGCAAGCGCCCAGCCCACGUCGAACUCUCGCAUACAUCGGCGGAGUGGAAAAAUCCAUCCCAAACAGGAGGAUGACCACAACCUGCAAUUGUCUGUCUGCGAAGUCAGAAACGGAGCAUAUUUCAUACAUAAACUAAAUGUGUUGAAGGAGAACAUUUGAUUACAUACCGCAGUUGAUUAAAGUAGAUUUUUUUGUUUAAUUCAAAUAAUGUUGUGUGCGAAGAACGCCUGAUUUCUUUGAGCGAUAAGAAAAAGGUAGAUUUAUUUAUAAAACCUAUAAUUUGCUUGUUUAUCAUUCAAGCAGAUAGGAAGAGAACACUACUGGCCAGCGUAUACAAAGGACGCUGUCAUUGGAUUUGUUCUAUUAUCCAGACAGGAGUGCCAUCCCUACUCCCGGUACUUCAGACUUAGGCUUGCUGACUGUCAAGGUUGUUCACUGGCACCGCACUGCCACCGACUCGACCAGACCUGAAAAUUGGCUUGAUUGUGUGCUCAGGACGCAACGAUGGGGAAGGACACCGCAAGAGCAGAGUGGGACAAUCCCAUGCAAUUUGUCCUGGCGUGUGUAUCAUACGCGGUUGGACUGGGAAAUGUGUGGCGUUUUCCAUACUUGUGUCAAAUGCAUGGCGGGGGUGGGUUCCUGAUCCCAUACAUGCUCAUGCUGGUCCUGUUGGGGGUACCCCUGUUCUACAUGGAGUUAGCCAUUGGCCAGAAGAUGCGUCUGGGCAGCAUUGGAGCAUGGAGAGCUAUUAGCCCCUAUCUGGGGGGAGUGGGUCUGGCCAGUGUUGUGACCUCCAUGUACCUAUGUCUCUAUUACAACGUCAUCAAUGCAUGGAGUUUCUGGUACCUCUUUCAUUCAUUCCAGUCGGUCCUGCCAUGGGCAGAGUGCCCGGUUAACAGCAACCUGACUGGCCAUGUGGAGGAGUGUGAGCGGGCCACGCCCACACAGUACUUCUUCUACAGAGAGACCCUGGACAUCUCCGGGUCCAUCGAGGAGAACGGAGGGAUUCACAUGGGACAGGCACUCUGCCUCCUGCUGGCCUGGAUUAUUGUCUACCUGUUCAUCGUCAAGGGGGUCAAGUCCACUGGAAAGGUGGUGUACUUCACAGCCACAUUCCCCUACCUGGUCCUCAUCAUCUACCUCAUCCGUGGGGUCACCCUUCAUGGAGCCAUCAACGGUGUAAAGUACAUGUUCACGCCCAAGAUGGAACAGCUGGCUAACCCCACUACGUGGAUCAACGCGGCCACUCAGGUCUUCUUCUCUCUGGGCCUGGGCUUUGGAUCCCUCAUCGCCUUUGCCAGCUACAACCAGUACAACAACAACUUUGAGAAGCAGGCCAUCGUCGUGUCCAUGGUCAACAGCAGCACCUCCAUCUUCGCCAGUAUCGUCACCUUCUCCAUCUAUGGCUUUAAGGCCACCUUCAACUACGAGAGCUGCCUGGAGAGAGUGCGACUGCUGCUCCUGAACACCUUUGAUCUAGCAGAGGACACCAUCAGUCUGGAGAAUGUCAACCACUGGAUCGCUGAGCUGAACAGGACACAACCAGAACAGUUUGCCAGUCUGGGAGGUAGGCUGGAGACCUGUGACCUAGAGGCUGAACUAGACACGGCUGUUGAGGGUACAGGCCUGGCCUUCAUAGUGUACAGUGAGGCCAUUAAGAACAUGCCCGUGUCUCAGCUGUGGUCUGUGCUCUACUUCAUCAUGCUGCUGCUGCUGGGCAUGGGCAGUAUGCUGGGCAACGUCAUCGCCGUCAUCACUCCCCUCAGUGACUUGAAGUUCAUCAGCCACUACAUGAGCACCAAAACACUCAAUGGUCUGGUGUGUCUAUUCUGCCUGCUGCUUGGCCUGGGCUUCACCACCCGCUCUGGGAACUACUGGUUCACCAUGUUCAAUGACUAUGGAGCCACCUUCUCUCUGCUCUUCAUCGUCCUCAUUGAAGUUAUCACCGUCUGCUACAUAUAUGGCAUCAAAAGGUUUGAGAAGGAUGUAGAAGACAUGUUAGGUCAUCGUCUUAACUGGUACUGGAAGAUCAUGUUGGCAGGAGUCAGUCCCAUCCUCCUCAUUGCACUAUUCAUCUUCUACAUCGUCAACUACAUCCAGGGAGGAACACCCACAUACCAGGCCUGGAACAAAGAACUGGGGAAGUCUGUGGUGACGGAGUAUCCUCCCUACGCCCAAGCCUUCAUUGGCCUCCUCCUAGCCUCCUCUGUCUGCUGUAUUCCUUUGACGGCCCUCUACACCUACUGUAAGAAGAGGAACCUGGCCAGUGGGAAGAGAGAGCGCACGGUCAGCACUGUGUCAGCGUAAAGACCGACGUAUUGGUUCACAGACGGAGUGACACAAGGCAGAGCUGCUACAUUACGGCUCUGAGACUGACUGGACCCGCUAGUUAUAGGAUCGACUGAUCGACAGCCUACCGUACGUAUCAUGGCUGUCUUAACAGAACCUCACUCUCCUGGUGCGGUGGUUCAUGCCACACCACAAACCAAAGGCCCUCUUUCUCCCCCUGGGGCAGGCUGGCUCUGCCGCUGUGCUGCUGGUGGACAGACUGCCAGAUCUAUACCUAGCAUUAGGCCUAGUCGUCCUUUGGCAACUAACACUUACUGGGUGAUAAUAACUUUUGUAUUUUGUAGUUGUGGUUCUGAGCAGGGCUUAGAACUACAUUCAAAAUAUUUCAGAAGUGAAGAAAGAACAAAUACUCUUGUCAAUGGUUUAUUGCAUUGUUUAAAGGCCCAGUGCAAUAAAAUAAAAUGAUUUCCUGUGUUUUAUACAUAUUUCCAGGCUAUGAGGUUGGAAUAAUACUGUGAAAUUGGGAAAAUUAUUAUAAUCCCCUUUUAGUAUAAGAGCUGUUUGGUGGGAUGGAGCGUGGUAAAUUAGUUAAUAGACCAAUAAGAAAGAGAGAUCCAAACCUCUGCAUAUAACAGCUUAGUUUUCUAUUUUCCCCUCCCCACUCAGACCACUCCAAGACAGUCCUAGCAAAAUUCUUGCUUGAGAAAUUGCUCUUUGCUAAGUAGCUAUUUUGGUUUCUUUUUGACCAUUUUAAAUGAAAACAAUCCCAGUAAGGUACUUAAUUGUAACCCAUAAAUGAUUUGAUAGUGAGAUAAAAACGGCUACAUUGGACCUUUAAUGUUUAGCUUUCAGUAGCAGAUUUUUGAGACAGUGUGUCAACCCUCUUUAUUUAAAGUUCCACAAAAUGUUUAAGAUAUUUUUUCCCUUAAAUGUCAUUAUGGAGAAGUAUUUUGUAUGCCAUUAGUUUACUGUAGAUAUUCUGUAGAUUACUCAAUGAGUUGUUAGAUAUGUUGAGUGCCUGGAUGUACAAGGCAGACCUCCGUCUGACUCGGUUAUGAUUGAAUACAGUCUGACUGGUGUCAAAUGACCAAGAACAACUUGUAGCAAUAGCUGUAUGUGAUAGUGUUUGCAAAGAUACUGAUAAUUUCACAUAUAACGAACAAAUCUCUAUGAACAGGACCAAGACCAUAUCUAUACCUAUGGGCUUUGUUGUCAAUCCACCAUCAGUGACUUCUAACCAGGAUCAUACUCAGUGGGGUGCAAUGUAACAGAAUGUUCAGAUAGUUAUAUAUUUUGUAGAACAUACACUAUUCUCUGUCUAAUGGAAUUGGAAAUCAUGUCAGCUCUAUAGGAAGCAUUUCUUUCUGCAACAUUCCCAGAACGUGUGAAAGUUUCUGUGCUCUUCUAAAUAGAAAGUACUGUAGUGUUGCACUGCUGUUAUAGAAUCCAUAUCAACUGGACUUAGGAUACAGCCCAAUGGCUAUGCACCAAUGUGCUGUGCAUAUUCACAAACAAAAACACAAUGUAGACCUACUCUUUUUACAGUCAAAUGUAUGGGUUAUCACAGAAACAAUUGCCAAACAUUUUGUAAUACUGUGAGCAUUUUUAAUGUGAACAAUUUGAAACAAUAACAGGGGCAAAACUUUCACUGGGAACGGAAUGACAUGCCCCACCACAUUCUGAAAUUGCAUUUUUGUCCCCUGCCGAUUUUGUCAUUGGAAUGUGAUACAGAAUGAGGCAACUGUGUGCUUUAGGACCAUGCAGAGGCCUCAGAGCGGUCGGGUAGGCUGUUUGGAGUGUUUAUUAUGUUGAAUACAGGUUGGUGUUAGUGUGAACCAAGUAUUGGUGUGAACAAUUAUUAUUUUAACUGUUGUACCACAAUAAUGGGUUCAUGUUUUAUAAGUAGUAUUUUCUAUGGUGAAAUUAUUAAAGACAUGAAGACAUUUUAA